CGGCUUAUAUUCUGAGUUGAUGGGAUAAAGAACAAGUGUUGUUUGUUUUGAUGUGAAUAUCAUAAGUUUGUACCGUGUCAGUGGCGAGAUUUAGUUGCGGUUAGUCAGUCCGUUAAAACAGGCCGUCUGCCGGACGAGAGCAGCGGGCUGUAGACCAGCGGUGCUUUGUAUAGCUGUGAGAUUUGAUUUAUUAUAGAACAAUAUAGUGGUAAUGUUUCUCCUAAGUAAAAUUACUCGACUUACUUACCCGGGUUCAAGAUGGUGCAGCGCCUGACUUACCGUCGUAGGCUCUCCUACAACACCGCCUCCAACAAAACCAGACUGUCCCGGACACCUGGCAACCGCAUCGUGUACCUGUACACCAAGAAGGUUGGCAAACCCCCCAAGUCAGCAUGUGGCAUCUGCCCAGGGAGGCUGCGUGGAAUCCGGGCUGUCAGACCUCAGGUUCUGAUGAGGCUCUCCAAGACCAAGAAGCACGUCAGCAGGGCCUACGGUGGCUCCAUGUGCGCCAAGUGUGUGCGUGACAGGAUCAAGCGUGCUUUCCUGAUUGAGGAGCAGAAGAUCGUCGUCAAAGUGCUCAAGGCACAGGCACAGAGCCAGAAAUCUAAGUAAAUGUAUUUGUACUGCUACAAUAAAAGAUGGGAAAAAAAUAA